GCUAAACUACUGAGCCGAGCCGACGGAGAUAACAGGAAGAGAGGAAAGCGGAGACGAGCCGGUUUAACCCGGGAGGGGGGGCUACUAGCUUGGCGAAGAGAUGGUCCGCCGCUGCUUCCUCUUCGGUUUUCGCUCAGUCCCGGCGAAAAUCUGUUUCUUUUUUCUUCGUUUCGAAAUUCUGACUGGGAGUCUAUUAAAGGCACUCGUCGGGUAAUCUGAAGUAUGAAACACAGGACAGCAGGCGUAGUCGGUAAACAGCUCUGAGAGUGUGUUUAAUGUGCUUGUUUUGCGCAUGCGCAAGAAUGCGGAUGUCAUACCGCGGAUGUCAUAUUUAUAAUUUACAUUUGCGCCCUUUUUAAUCAGCCUAUAGCUUUAAUAACGCGAAUAAUUUCUUAUUAUCAUAAAAAUACGGUUAUAUAUAACUUAUUUCCAUAUUUUGAGCGGUGUAAAGACGCCCUAAGGCAGUUCCAGGUGGCGUAACGCUCAACUUGCGUGAAAGUAGGAAGUCAACUAUCUUGACGCACAGGUUGGCUCUUUGGGAGUGACAGAUACGUUCCAAUAUGGCCUCUUCCCGGGAACUCCCAUUCAAUCCUGGAAUGUCAUGUUAAACACGCUGCAUGCCAGGACAGGCGAGAGAAGCGCCGCAGAACGACACAAAUAUGUGAAGGGGCGUUCGAGAUAACAACAUUACAUAAUCAUCGCGGGGGAAGGAGGUUGUGUCUGCGCAUGUUUGUGCGCGCGCAUAAUUGUCGUUUUCAAAAUAGGACUUAAUUAUUAAAUUAAUAAUGCGGUUGCCGAUUGCUGGAGUGUAAUACACUUCUGAUAUUUUGUCUAAUUCACUAAUAUUAUCAGACCAGUUUUUCACGAUUUAGUUUAUUAGUUACCUAGUGAUCAUUUGAUAAGUUACAGCCACAGCCCGUAACAAUUGUACCCGCAUCUAAAUCCAAAUGCUUACCUGUUUUGAUUUCAAAUGCGUAUUGUUUAUAUUCAAUUCAAGCCAAUUGGCUUAAUCAAAGUCUUUGCUUGUAUUUUGAGAAAUAAAAUGCAACGCGUUUUUCGUCCCUCAGUUUAAAACUCUUUUUGAACUUUCCCUUUGCCUGUCGGAAGACACUGCGCAUGUAUUAUUCAAAACGUGUGGACGUCCCGGAAACGACUCCUCCAGGUGAGAGGCGGGCGGGGGGGGGAAGUGGGCGGCCAGGUGAGGGCUCCUGUAAGCUCUCCCCGGGACAAAGCCAGCAGGAAGAGUUCAAAGUUCUCCCUUCAAAUUGCCGAUGGCUUUGACGCAAGAAUCCGUCCUGUCUCUGCUGAUUGCGGAGGGGGGGGGAGUGAAGAAGUCCGACCUGGUGAGCAAAUUCAAAGGAUCGAUAGACUGCGCCGAUCCCGCGGAGAAAAAACGCAACAGGGAGCUUUUCAAGACUUUGGUCAACAAUGUCGCAAUCGUCAAAGAAAUCGACGGUGUCCAAUACGUUGUCCUCAGGAAAACACAGCCGCGUGCGCCGAACGGCGCGCGGACUGCGGAGGAACCUGGAGGUGCGGAGGUCCCGGGGACAGGUGAGCACCGGCGCUCACCUACCGCGGGCGAGCGGUCCGGAAGCUGCGAUGACGCGCGGACCCGGGACAGAUCAGCUGUUUCUGAGCCCGAGGCGGUCAAAGAAAGUGGGCAAGAUCCCGCUGAAUUACUGACUCCUAUAGACGUGAUGUUGCAAAGGGCCAAAUACCCGAGUGUUCGAGUCAAAAGGAUGAUGAAUUUUGAGAUCCAGAGGCAGGGUCCUGCCCACGGAGAUAACAGUUCUAAGGGCACCGUCGCCAAGAGCAAACCGUAUGCAUUACCCCUGAGGAUGCCGCCCUGCAGCACCACCGCGGUGGAGAUCCGCAAAUUAAAAGCGGACCCGCCUGGAUGCCCCGAGCCGGACUCCUCCAGGAGCAAGAGAUGCCCCCCUCCGGUGGAGGCCAGCGCCAGCUCGCCCCAGAUGAGGAGGGCAGUGAAGGUCACCAAGGAGUCGGAGGAGCCCAAAGAGACCAGUGCCCCCUCCUUGUAUCCCAUGGAGCAAUCGGAGCACCAGUGGCUGGUCAAGUGCGCCGCGGGUCACUGGAGGCACGUUUUGGGCCUGCUGUUGAAAGACCACCGGCUGGCAGAGAAGAGGGACUUCAUGUCGGGGUUCACCGCUCUGCACUGGGCGGCCAAAUGUGGAAACAGGGAGAUGCUCGUGAAGAUCGUCGACCUAUCCAGGCAAGGGGGGGGCAACGUCGACGUCAACGUGAAAACCCACGGCGGGUACACUCCCCUGCACAUCGCGGCCCUGCACGGCCAAGAGCACAUCAUGGCCAUCCUGGUGGGGGAGUUGGGGGCCAAUCCGGGCGUCAGGGACAACUGCGGGAAGAGGGCCCACCACUACCUGCGCGAAAGCACCUCGGAGACCUUGAGUGAGAUGCUGGGCAAACCCAAAGCCCCGGAGGCUGAGGACCGGGCCCAGCACGACAAGGAAGAGCCGGACCUCUUCACGGAACUCCCCAAGGGCCUGAAUUCAAUAGCCCGCUUGUUCCAGCCCCACACGACGGGCAUCAAGAAGAGGCAGAAGCAGUGGCCCGGAUUUCUCUCCGCGAGCGACGAAGCCGGCGAGGACCGAGAAGACGGCAGCUGCAGACGGAGAAUCGUGUCGGAGGCUUUCAUGUGAACUGCAGAGGAGGACAGAGCGUCGACCGCCAUGAGGCCGGCACACACCUCUGAUCUUCGAACCACGACGAGAACUCAGUGACUUUUUUCUUGUUUUAUGCUUUCCUGGUGUUAUCUGACUUUUGUCGGAUGACGUAACAUUCUCAUCGGUUCUGGGUGGGAGAUGUCACCUGGAUGAGUGGAUGAGUUGCUGGAGUUUGCAGGUGUAGGACAGAUCAUGACUCAGAAUAUAAUGGCGGAGUUGUGCGAGUCGUGUUGUUGCUCACCGUCUGCGGUGUCUCAAAGGCCUCAUCUUCAGCCUGCUUUUCUGAAAGGAACAAUAUACAACAGACAUUUUGUUUCCGUGUGAUUCCUGUUUUUCUAAAUUAAGAAACGCAUAACUUAAUAUAUUAAUGUGUGUUCAUCUGUUUUGAUCAAAGUUAAUCAGUAAAAACGGGUCGUCAAUCUGUGAGAAGCGAAAAAAUUAUCAUUAUCGAGCGAAUAAAGGGGCAAAGAGGCUGAACAUCUGAAAAAUAAGGUGAUUUGCAGACUUAUGGCUGAUUCGAACCCUCUAAUGAAUCAAUAAAUACCAAUCUGGGCCUGUGAG